AUGUCCCAGUUACAAAAUUCCUACGGUACAUGCACUACCCAUCGUCAUCAACUGAAACUGAAAUUCCCCGAACAUAAAUCAAGCCUUAAAUUGCUCUCCGCAUUGACAUUUCCGAAUGUCCUAGCACGCUGCUGGUUACCCAGAGAAUCAACUGAUGACGAAGAAAGACAGACUUUAUUGACUCCCUCUUCUACUGCUCCUUCGACAUUAACAGAGCGAUACGGUCUAUCCACCAUCAUUCUGCACUACGGCGUCCACAGCUCCGUAAGAGUAUGUACACGGAAAUCUCCAUCUGCGGGAGCUUCUAGGCAACUUCAUGUCGUCAAAAUUCUCCGUCGAUCAUCGGAUGCCCUCGUCAGAGCUACUCAGCGUUUCGAACAAUCUCUCUCCUCGGCCGUAUCACACCCCAACCUCCUUCAGACCAUCGAUGUCCUUCAGAACGAACAUGGUGAGACCUGUCUAGUCAUGGACUAUUGUGCCGGUGGAAACCUGAACGCACUGAUCGCCACGGCCGAGGAUAGUAUAGACGCACUUCAAGCAGACUGUUUCUUUAAGCAGAUCAUGCGUGCGGUGACGUAUCUCCAUGACAACGCAAUUGCACAUCGUGGUCUAAAGACGGAAAAUAUCCUUCUUACUGCCCAUGGCGCGGUGAAAGUGGCCGACUUUGGGAGCGCAGAGUGGCUGCUAGAUGAAGUUGCGGAUGGGGAACAUGCUGAGAACAGGAUACGUCUACAAUUGUCCUCAUUGUACUCUCCACGAAAAUUGCGGGGAUCGAUACCUUACCUUCCGCCGGAGGAGUUUAGUAACUAUGCGACGGUUGAUCCGAGAGCGGGCGAUGUAUGGGCCGCAGGGCUUGUGUACAUGGCUAUGAGAUGUGGUCGGUUACUUUGGAGGAUGCCUUGUGCGGAUGAGGAUGGAGGUUAUAGUGCGUAUCUGCGCGGACGACAAACUUAUGAUGGAUAUCCUCCGAUUGAAGCGUUGGAAGAGGUACGAUUCAGUUCAGGUUUCCAAGGACUUGGUGAAAGUCUCUUUACACGCUGUCGCAAUGUGAUAUAUGCAAUGCUGCAUCCUGAUCCUGUUCGAAGAAUCAAGGCAUCCGAGGUACUUCGGUCUGAGUGGGUGUAUUAUGUACAGGUGUGCGAUGCAGGAGAAAUAGGGUGGUAA